GAACUAGUUACAUAUUAUACUCAUGGGGGAGAGUGUGAAUGUGAAGAGUCUUGUCUAAAUUCCAUGUCAAAGAAUUAUCAGAGAUGUCUGCUAGCUCAAAGGACAAGGGCAAAAGGUUGAAGAUACCACAGUCAACGUCCAGUGGAUGUUUGAGCGCCAAGUCUGAACAGUCCAUUGAAUUCCCUCUUGCUUUUAAGGACAAACCUGUGAAGAUCCCACGGGCUACAUAUGCUGUUUGUGAGACAGAGAAGUCAUCAAAGGACAUCCCCCUUCAUUUUAGAGAAGAAUAUGAAAAGAUACCAGGGUCUACAUAUUCUUCAUGCGCAUCAGAAAAGUCUUCCAAAGAUAUCCCACUCCACUUCAGGAAAAAUCAAUUGAAGAUACCACGGUCAACGUCCAGUGGAUGUUUGAGCGCCAAGUCUGAACAGUCCAUUGAAUUCCCUCUUGCUUUUAAGGACAAACCGAUGAAGCUCAAAGCUUCUACAUCUUCUGUAUAUGUGACUGACAUGUCCAGUGUUUCAAAUGAUGCCGAUGACUUCAGACAAGACAAACAUCAGGACAAUCCAGGGACAGCCGAAUCCCCAUUCUCAUCGGACACAUCUGAUUAUUCAUCGACUAAGACUUUUGGAUCAAGGGAUUCCCAAUAUGACGAGGAGACAGUUUCAUGUGAUGAUAUAGAGGAGGAGGUAAUCUGUGACAUCUGCCGCCAGGGUGCAGCCGUGAAGACUUGCCUGACCUGUAACACUUCCUACUGUGAGUAUGAUGUCCGGCAGCACUACACGGUGGAAACCCUGCAGAGACACAUACUCAGAGACGUGUGUGCCGAAGUCGAGGUGAAGCGCUGUCUGCACUUUCAAAAGUCUCUAGAAUUCUUGUGCAGGACCGACCAGAUGCACAUCUGCAGCAUUUGUGCACAGGGAAAUCACAGAGGACACGACGUCAUCUCGCAGAGGGCACAGCGUGCUGCAAUGGUGCCCCCCCCUGGUAAGAUCAAGUUCCUGUCAGUGAGGCCAAACUCUCUGGUCCUGAGCUGGGGUUGCCCGGAAGGCCUGGAGGGGCCUAAGAGCUUCCAAGUGAGGUGGAGCUCCCUUAUGAAGGUGGAAGGUUACUUGGUGAUCAAAGAUCUUCAUAAAAUUGAAAUAAACAACCUCCAACUUGGACAACGGUAUUACUUCAGUGUGGCCACAGAAGAUGAGGAUGGCAAUUUAAGUGAAUGGACCACGGCAUCUAUUUUCACAGCGGUGCCGCCCCCUCGAAACUUAACAAAAGGACAUUCAGAGGCCACUGCUAUGUCCUUGAAAUGGACCAAAGGAGACAGCAUGGAUGGAAUUCCUCAUCAGUUCCUUAUAACUGUCACAAGUCCAGGGAAAGAGCCGUUAGCAAUACACACCGAGGACUGCUACAAGAUAUUCUCAGAUUUAGAGCCAGACACAGAGUACAUUGUCUCUGUCUCAACGGUGCUGAACGGUCGGUGCAGUCGGCCGGUCUCUGCCACUAUACACACAGAGCCGUGUCUCAGGGAGGUGCUGUCAAAGAUCGGACUCGAAGACCACUAUGACAACAAGCUCACACUUAGCACUGUCCUAGAGAUUAAUAAGAUUGAUACAUCAGAGAACGAACCAGAAACUGCCAAGUCACUCCCUGAGGCCUUUUUGAAGAAACUCAUGAUGUUGAAUGCAAAUGCUAGAAGUGUCAGAUGUGUGUCCUGCAGUGUGGACACAGAAAAGAGCAAUCCCAUCAAUCCCCUGGACCUGAUAACUGCAUUGUUUCUCUGUUCAGAUGGCUUUCUUCAGCAGGCUAUAGUUCUGAAAAUGGCACUCUGCCAGUUUGCCAUCCCUCUCUUGCUGCACAACAGUGAAACAAGGGAAAUCACAAUGAUGCUGUGGUGCAUGCGCGAAAUUGUCAGAGCCUUCAGACCCUCCCAGCAGGCAUUCAGAAAGUCAAACUGUGAAGAAAGACUUGUGCACUCCGACAUCCCUCUGGUGUCAUUCGUCAGGCUGGGGAGGACAGUCUUUUCCAAGUCUCUGAUGUUGAACAAACUGCUUAGUAACACUCAGGAGUACCAUGACACAUUUUAUCAUCGUAACAUGGUGUGUGGUGAUAUCCCCAGGAGGAUUUCAGACGGGCUGGUCGAAGUCAGCUGGUAUCUCCCAUGUGGGAACAGGAGCAUUGACAAGUUCACUGAGCCACUGGCUGUUGCGAACCUCAGAGGAGACAUCAGGGUGUUUGAUGAACAAUUUUCAUUCCUCUGUCAGACAUCUGCAGCUGUUUACAUCUUCUGUGAUGAAUCAGAAACUGAAUUCUUCAAGCGUCUAGAGGGAAAAGACGUAAAGGCAAAUGUCAUUUUGAUUAGCAGCGCACUGGGGAAAACCUUUACACUCAAAAAGAUGACGAAGGAACCACGUUUAAAGGUAACAAAUGUAAGCAAGAAGAAAAAGACUGACGAGGAGCUGAUAAAAGCCCUCCAGGAAUCAAUCUCUAAGAUGCUAGAAAACUGUGAAAACAAAGUGCCGGUGGCAAAUCAGGGUGAAAGAGCUCGCCGGUGUGGGAUCCUGGUUGAUGAGGAUAGUGAAGAAUGCCAGAGUGCUUGGAAGAAUGUGGACAAAAUCACCAAACACCUUACUAACACCUCUGAAUUCAAAGACAAACAACUGCCUUACCAGGGAAACAUCUGGAAAGCACUUUCGUGGCUGGAAACAGAGUCCUGGAGAAUGCGCAAAGCUGACAACGUGAACUCUGAAGAGUACCGCAAGUCUUUGAAAGCGAAAGAAAAAGAGCUUAAAAGCAAGCAGCAACGAUUUGAGGUGUCAGCUGCAAUGUCAAGCUUUCUUCACGGGGUAGUCACCUCAGAAGUGCAGCGCUACUACUUCCUCAAAUGGCUUGAAAUAGAACUGGAAAAUCUGUCCCGGGAUCAGCUGUCAUCUCUGCAGGAUCGAUACAAAGUGCUACUCCAGAAAUCUCCCCAAGAAACUGAAAAAAUUGUGGAGAUUGAUAGGCAAAUUUCUGUUUGUUCUUUACGCCUGGAUCACUUUUUUCGAGAGUGUGGGCAGCUGUAUGAUUGUGCGAGUCACCUGCCACAAUACAGCAGUCAAAGAAAAACCAUGGAACAACUCCCUGCACUGUAUGCUCAGAUGCUGCUGGAUGGUUUCCCUCUUGAGCUUGUUGAUGGAGAUGCAGCAAACAUCCCGAUGAAGUGGACCACUGAUGUGCUUACUGAGCUUCACUACAUCCUGCAUUCCAACAGUAAACUCAAGGUCAUUACAAUCAUUGGAGCUGAAAACUCAGGAAAAUCGACUCUGCUCAACACCAUGUUUGGAGUCAGGUUUGCCGUCAGCAAAGGAACAUGCACCAGAGGGGCGUUCAUCCAGCUGAUCAGUGUCAACAAUGAUGUGAGGAAGGAAUUGGGCUGUGACUGCAUCAUGAUCAUCGACACAGAGGGACUGAAACCACAUCAGAUGGUUCAAGGCGAUUACAGCCAUGAACGUGACAAGGAAGUAGCGAGCUUUGCUGUGGCGCUCAGUGACGCCACAAUCGUCAGUGUUUCCAGGGACAACUCCAUCUUAGAGAUGGUGCUUCAUGCUUUCACAAGGUUGAAGGAUGUGGAAAAGAAGCCACUGUGUUAUUUUGUACAUGCUAACAUGUCUGACAUGCCUGUUGUAGGGAGGAAGAAGAGACAUAAACAGUUGGUGGAAAAGUUAAAUGAAAUGAUCUGGAAGGACGCUGGGAUGAAGAAGGCCAACAUCACUAAGAUCUCAGAUGUGAUGGAUUUUGGACCAGACACUUGCAGCUGGUACAUUCCUCCAGUUUGGCAUGGGACUCCACCGAUGGCUCCUUUCAGUGUUGACUACAGUGAGACUGUGCAUGCUUUGAAAAAGCGAGUGAUAGGGGACCUCUCAAAGUGCAAAGAAAGAGGUGAUCUGACACAUUUUGUCAGGAGGGUAGAAAACCUCUGGAAGGCUAUAUGA